GUUUAAGGCUGAACGAGUUGUAAGUCAUAAAUACUGGAAGUUCUUUAUACAGACAACGCGAAUCUUGUGUUUGAAGUAAGAGCCAGCGCCGAAUUAUUGAGAUCGAGAUGGACGUCCUUAGUACAUACUACGCGUUGCGAGUAUGGACGAUUUUAGCGCCGACAGCCCUUGGCAUUAUUCUUUUACUAGCAAAUAUUCCUCUAUUCAGGCCCGAUAUUAUCGAUCGUGAGAACAGAAUAAAAUCGAUACCUCCUUCAGAGAUUAAAGACAGCUAUCAUUUCAUUAUAAUCGGGGGUGGUUCAGCUGGCUCGACAUUGGCUCAUCGUUUAACAGAAGACAGAAACACGACGGUGCUUCUGUUGGAGGCUGGCAACGAUGAACCACCGGUAACCGACGUGCCUUUCAUGUAUGAGGUUAUACUGAACACGCCUAUAGAUUGGCAAUUUAAAACGGAACCAACGAACAAGUCGUGUCUGGCAGAGAAGAACCACCAGAUCGUUUGGUCCAGAGGCAAGGCCCUGGGAGGAAGCAGUGUGAUAAACGGGUUGAUGUACAGUCGUGGCAAUAGAAAGGAUUACGACUACUGGGCGGAGCAGGGUAAUCCAGGAUGGGAUCACGAGAGCAUCUUCAAGUACUUCAAGAAGUUCGAAGACAUGAGGAUCGAUGAAUUCAAAGGAUCACCUUACCACAGUACCGGUGGUCCCCUAACCAUAGAACACUAUAGAUAUCGUACACCUAUAACUGACUACUUGCUGAAAGCAGGCACGGAAAUUGGCUACAACAUCUUGGAUUAUAACGGAGCUAAACAAACAGGAUUCGCUCCCUCGCAAGCUACGUUGAGGGAUGGUCUGCGUUGCAGCACUGCGAAGGCUUACAUUCGAUCAGCUUCGAAGAGGGAGAAUCUGCAUGUUAGCCUACAAUCUUACGCGGAGAAGAUUUUGGUACGUGAAGAAGGGGGCAAGAAAAUUGCAUACGGAGUGCAAUUCCGUGUGGAUGGAGCGCUGAAGGAGGUGAAAGCUGAUCGCGAGAUUAUUCUAUCGGCUGGUGCGAUACAAUCUCCGCAAUUGUUGAUGCUGUCUGGUAUCGGUCCUAAGGAACAUUUGGAAGAAGUAGGAGUGCCCGUGGUGCACGAUUUGCCAGGGGUGGGUCAACAUCUUAUGGAUCACGUGGCGAUGGGUGAUUUAACGUAUUUGGUGGAUCCACCAGAGGACUACAACGGUUCUCAACCUUUCACAUUUAUUGUACCAGAGAAUAUUAACCCAACGACAGCCUUAGAAUUCAACGUUCAGCAUAAAGGACCUUUUUACUCAUUGGCAACCGCUGAGUCGUUGGCGUUUAUCAAUACCAAAUAUGCGAACGCGUCGGAAGAUUACCCUGACAUACAGUUUUUCAUUUCCGCAUUUUUCGAUUAUUCUCACUCCUGCCUCGAUGGGCUUUCGCACGCGGAAAAUAAGUUCUAUGGGGAGUGGUGUUCGAGUAUGUUUAAUCGGCAUUCGUACUGGAUCAAGCCAGUCGUAAUGAGACCCAAAAGCAGGGGUUACAUCAAGUUGCGCUCGAAGGAUCCGAAUGAUCAUCCGAUUAUCGAUCCUAAUUACUUCGACGAUCCUCAUGACAUCGAUGUCUUGAUAGAAGGAGCGAAGAUUGUCCAUCAACUGAGCGAAACCCCAACGAUGAAGAAAUUGAACGCUCGAGCGCACAUAAAUCCUGUCGACGAAUGUUCGUCAUUCGAGUUCAUGUCGGAUGACUUUUUGCGAUGCCAUGCUAGGUAUCACACGAUGACGUAUAAUCAUGCAUCAGGGACAUGCAAAAUGGGUCCCAAGGAAGAUUCCAUGGCUGUGGUCGAUUCCAGACUAAGGCUGCACGGUGUUUCUCGACUAAGAGUGAUCGACACUUCGAUUAUGCCUAGGCUCACUACUGGGAACACGAACGCACCGACGGUUAUGAUCGCCGAAAAGGGUGCUGAUAUGAUCAAAGAAGAUUGGGGAAUAAAGAACUAGUUUCCGCAAAGCCUUUUUUAAAUUAAAAAUAAUCACCGCCCAAUUAAGUAUGAUUAAUUUGACUAAACUCUAAAAUGGUCCACAAAACCGUCCCAUUUUACGUGGCACGCCUACAAUGUAUCACGAUUGAAAACUAUCCACAACCACCACGAGACUUUCCUCCACCAAGCCAGCCGGUGUUGUGCUCCAUGCACACAUAUAUCCGAAAUGUGAACCGCGACAUGCUUCACUUCCUCGGUUAAACUAGCAUAACUCGCUGGUCGGGUAACCGAGUGGUGUCUGAAAGAAGGAGACCAGUAAUUGUAUAAUAAACGUGGAUUGUUACAGUA